UCCUGUCCGCAAGCUACAGUGGAUUGCCUUGAUGCAAGACUGAGCAACGUACUCUUACUUCUGAUAGCAUUGAUCGUUUGUAGGCAGCUGCAAAGCGGGCUUGGCGCGGCAGGUAGCUGUAGCUUCGUGGAAACUUCUCGCAUCUCACCGUCCAGGGCUUUUCUUCAGCCUCACCCCACACCCAAACUCCAUUAUUCUGGUCCUUGCUCGCUGAAGGAUUACUUCUACGUCUCAAAGUUCCCACAGUUCUCUUGUGACACUUCUCCCACUUGCAGCAGCUCCCAUUGAGCAAUCAUGGCAGACACCAAGCGUUCCCGCGUCUUCUUCGACAUCGCCAUCGGCGGCGUAAAAGCCGGUCGCGUCGCCUUCGAGCUCUACAACGACAUCGUCCCCAAGACUGCCGAGAACUUCCGCGCGCUAUGCACCGGCGAGAAAGGUGUGGGCCAGGCUGGCAAGCCGCUGCACUAUAAGGGCUCCAGCUUCCACCGCGUCAUUCACGGCUUCAUGAUUCAGGGCGGAGAUUUCACGCAGGGCAACGGCACGGGGGGUGAGAGUAUCUAUGGGGAGAAGUUCGAGGAUGAGAACUUUGAGCAGCUCCAUGAGAAGCCGUUUUUGCUUAGCAUGGCGAAUGCUGGACCUGGCACCAACGGCUCCCAGUUCUUUGUCACAACCGUCGAGACACCACAUCUGGAUAAGAAGCACGUAGUCUUUGGCGAGGUCAUCAACGGCAAGAGCAUCGUGCGACAGAUCGAGAACCUGAAGACUCAGAGCGGCGACAAGCCAUGGCAUGAUGCUACCAUCAUCGACUGCGGUGAACUCACCGGCGACGACUACACCAAAGCCACAGAGAAGAUCUCAGACCCGACCGGCGACCCAUACGAAGACUACCCCCUCGACCAAAUGGGCAACCCAGACGGCGAAUGGGAAGGCAGCGAGAUCCUAAAGAUCGCCACAGCCCUCAAAGACAUGGGCAACGCCGCCUUUAAAUCCACGAACCUCAGUCUCGGCAUCCAGAAAUACCAAAAAGCGCUGCGCUACCUACACGAAUACCCCGCACCCGUCGACACCGACCCGCCCACGCUCUGGCCUGCCCUCAACGCGCUCAAAAUCUCCGUCUACUCCAACCUCGCGCUGCUGCAGAAUAAGACGGGGGCGCACGCUGAGGCUGCGGAGAGCGCGACUAAGGCGCUGGAUGUGGAGGGCAUUGCGGAUAAGGAUCGGGCGAAGGCGUACUUUCGUAGGGGCCAGGCGAAUGUCGGGAAGAAGAAUGAGGAGGAGGCGCUAAGGGAUUUGAAUGAGGCGGCGAAGUAUGCGCCGGGGGAUGCGGCGAUUGGGCGGGAGUUGGAGGGCGUGAAGAAGAGGGUGCAGGCGAGGAAGGAGAAGGAGAAGAAGGCGUAUAAGAAUGCGUUUAACUUUGAUUAGGGGGGGGGAUGGACAGAGAGAUGGGAUGAGCAUGAUACCUGUGAUUAGCAUGGUGUGCUACUGGGAG